UAGUCUUCGGAGCAAGGUUCUCAUUUUUCUGAAAGAGCUAGGGAGAUAGAUAGACAAGGAUGUCGUCGACUUAUAAGACAAGAUCCUUUUGUUACUAUCUCUUCUUGAAAAGGAAGUGGGAGAGGAUGAAAGAAUUUUACUCGGAUAACUACCUAAAUAUAUGUUUGCCUCAUACAGUGUUCAAGGAUACUGCAGUUCAUGUUGCAGUGUACAGUGACAACGAAGAACUGGUGAAGUCUCUGCUUGACAUGGUGUAUAGAGAAUACGCAGAUUACUUUUUGGGAGGACCAGCAAUAUUUCAGAAACAGAAUACAUUUGGAAAUACACCUCUUCACGAGGCAGCUUCGAUAGGAAAUGUCGACAUGGUGAAGAUCAUAAUGCAUUAUGAUCCGAAGCAACUGAAUACUAAAAACAAGAGAGGUGAAACACCCUUUUUUACGGCCGCCGUAUAUGGCAACACCAAUGUGAUCAGGCAUUUGGCGCCGGAGAUCAAGAAAGAUGCUGAUGAUCAUGAGAGGCCAUAUUUCAAUCAUACCUCAUCUCGCGGCUCCACCAUGCUUCAUGAAGCUAUUCGCGGCUAUUACUUUGAAACGGCUCUGGAGUUAGUAAAACCAGAAUACCACAUAUGGACAGAUCAGAAGGAUUCAGAUGACAUAACCUGUUUUCAGCUGCUAGCUAACAUUCCAUCUGCUUUUGAGAGUGGAUAUUCCUUUGGCAUAUUGGAGAAACUGAUCUAUCUUUGCCUUCCGGUAGUUGAUUACAGCAAAAACAAGGACGAAACCAACAGUGUAUCUCAGGUCCCUCCAACUCCAAAUACAGAUUUGGAGCGUGCAGGCGAUCACAGCAAAGACAAGGAUGGAAACAAAAAUGUAUCACAUUUCCCUCCAAGUCCAAACACAGCCUUCCAGAAGAUCACAGCAAAAAUGUACGUCACCUUUUGGAGCAUCAUUGCUAAAGGGUUCCCAUCUAUUAAAGAUCUGUGGGACACAAAGAAGAAGCACGGCAUAGUGGUGGAGCUUUCAAAAAUUCUGGCUGGAGGAGACAAGUCAUGGCAGGUUAACAACACUGAUGGUCAAAAUGACACUCCACUUCUGGCUGCUGCUAGGAAUGGGAUUAUAGAAAUCAUUGAGGCCAUUUUUAAUCUGUUCCCACAGGCCAUCGAGCAUGAAAACCACAAAAGAGAGAACAUAUUUCAUGUUGUUGUGGAGCAUCGGAGGAGACAGCUUUUGGAAUAUCUUCUCCAAACUUGUCAUGUUUCAUAUCCGAGGCUCCUGUGGAAAAUCAAUCAAGACGGUGACGGCAUUUUGCAUAAAGCAGCAUAUAAGAGUCACUAUUCCUCAAGGGAGAGGCCAGGGGAAGCCCUUCGCUUGCAGUCAGAUAUUCACUGGUUUGAGCGAGUGAAGAAAUUGGUGCCUCCACAUCACAUCAACCAUCUUAAUCAUCAUGACAAUUUGACACCUCAUGCUUUGUUCACAAAAGAGCAUAAAGAACUGGUGAAGAAUGGCCAAGAAUGGUUAAUCAGAACAACAAACUCUUGCAUUAUAGUUGCAGUUCUUAUUGCAACGGUUGCUUUUACAAGCAUCUACACCGUGCCUGGAGGUUCGGAUCCAAAGACAGGCAAGCCCUUGCUCCUAACCAAAACACCAUUCACUGUCUUCACAGCAUCUGAUGUGGCAUCCCUUUGUUUUGCCUUCACCUCUGUGGUGGUGUUUCUAUCCAUCAGCACAUCGAAAAUGAAUGAGAGAGAUUUCCGGAGGGCUCUGCCAUUGAAGCUUGUUUUGGGGUUAAGCAUGCUGUUUUGGUCUGUGGCAGCAUUGAUGGUUGGUUUUGCUGCUACUCUUGACAUUACAAUAAACCAGAGGCUGCAUGAGGCUACUGCUCCGAUCAUUACCAUUGCUUGUUUUCCAGUUGCCUUUUUCCUCCUUCUGCAGCUUCCUCUCUAUUUCAAUAUUACUUGGUUUACGAUAAAGGACUUGCUGCAAACCCUAGUUGAUUGUAUUCCUCAACAAAAAUGUAAGAGCUCUAGCUGCAUUAUGCGCUAUCAAGUGAGCUUUGGUCAUUCAUUGUGUUAAUUCUGUGUUUAGAGUUUUUUCAGUUGAAAGAGUGAUUAAGCUAGCUUGUGUAAGGCCUUGUGAUUUAUCUAUUGUUUUGUAUCAACAGUGUCUUCAUCAAUAAACGCUUUGGAUCCAAUAAGUCAAGACAUUGUAAUUUGAUCACUUAAUAGACAGAAAGUGGUAUAUUUCACUUGUAAUUUGAUCUAUCUAUUGUAAUUUAA